GGUAUAAAGCCUGGGUGCCUGUCGGGAGCUGGUGAGGACAGAAGGCAGAGCCAGAGCCUGUCUUCCAGGUCCCUCGACGCCAUGGGCACGCGAUUCCUCCUGGCUCUGUGCCUGCUCCUCCUGGUGCUGAGCUGUGAGAUCCAGGGGCUUCCGCAAGAUGAGCCUGCCAGCCCGCCUCUGCUGGCCCAGGUGAAGGAGUCGCUCUCCAGCUACUGGGGCUCUGCCAAGGCAGCUGCCCAGGGCCUGUACGAGAAGACAUACCUCAACGACAUGGACGAGAAAAUCAGGGACUUGUACAGCAAGGGCUCGGCAGCCAUGAGCACCUACGCAGGCAUCUUCACUGACCAGCUCCUCACUCUGCUGAAGGGAGAGUAGUGUCAACCCCGGUGGUGGGUGGGGAGCCCAGGCCCCAGAACCCCCUGGUUCUCCUGACCUUCCUGGGAAUCAGACGGGGCUCCUCCACGCCAGCUGCUCUCAGCCCUCCCCUACUCUGGCCUGAACUCUCACCAGUGAGUGAAAAAAUAAAUAAUAAAUAUUUAUUCUCUUUGA